AUGUCGUUGAGCCCAAAGCACACUACGCCUUUUUCAGUGACAGAUAUUUUGAGUCCAAUCGAGGAGACCUACAAGAAGUUCAGUAUGGACGGCGCAGGGAACCUAACCUCUCCACUGGGAGCCUACCGACAGCCUCAGGUGUCUCAGACCGGGAUGCAGCAGCACUCUAUGGGCCAUAACGCCACCGUGGCCACCACUUAUCACAUGCCGCACACCGUCUCCCAGUUCUCCCACAGCGCAAUGGGGGGAUACUGCAAUGGAAGCAUUGGCAACAUGGGAGACCUCCCGUCGUACCAGGAAAGCAUGCGGAAUAGUGCAGCAGCAACAGGGUGGUACAGCGCCAACCCGGAUCCAAGAUACUCCACAAUUUCUAGAUUCAUGGGACCUUCCACAGGUAUGAACAUGAGCGGCAUGGGGAGUCUCUCAGGAAUGGCGGACGCCACCAAGUCCAUGCCAGUUCUCCACGCUGCGCCCAGGAGGAAACGGCGCGUCCUGUUCUCGCAGGCUCAGGUCUACGAGCUGGAGAGGAGGUUUAAGCAGCAGAAAUACCUGUCGGCGCCUGAGAGGGAGCAUCUGGCCAGCAUGAUCCACCUGACGCCGACCCAGGUGAAAAUCUGGUUUCAGAACCACCGGUACAAGAUGAAGCGCCAGGCCAAGGACAAGGCAACGCAGCAGCUGCAGCAGCAGGACGGUAACCUGUGCCAACAGCAGGCGCAGUCCCCGAGGCGUGUGGCCGUGCCAGUUCUGGUGAAGGACGGUAAACCGUGCCAGAACGGCUCCAACACGCCAACGCAGAACCAGCAACAGAUACAACAGAGCCAACAACAAAACCAACAACAGAACGGACCCGGAGUUGUGCUCGCAUCUCCGACCAGCAGCCUCAGCCAGCAUCAAAGCCAGCAGCAGGUGAACGCUUUGGAGCUCGAGGAGAUGUCGCCUAGCCCCCCCUCACUGCACAGCCAGCUCAACAUGGCCCAGAUAGACACAUCUGCUGUAGAUUACACCAGCAACAUGGUCAGCUCAAACCUCCUCUACGGCAGAACGUGGUAG